AUGGGAGAUGUACUGCUCCAGUUCUUUCGCAAGACCCUGCCCGACGAGCUCGCUGCUGUGCUCGAAGAUGUUCUGAAGGCCACCGAAACCGCCGACCUUCUCACUCUUAGUCAGCUGCCGGAAGUCCAAAUCUUACUAGGACACAAAGACAAUGAUGCCACCAAGGACGUGAAAAGGGAGGAUUUCACUCUAUGGAGCGACUAUAUCUUCCAUCGACUAGGCCUGUUGUUCCCGUUCCGGACUGAGGAAGAGGGGACGCCGGUCAAGGAAACCCUGGCAUAUCGCGUGCACCUGCUGUGGGCUGUCGCCGUCGCGUCACUGUACGCCUUUGUGCAGUCUACAGUUACCGGACCGCCACUUUCCUACAAGCCUGCUGAGAUCCUGUUCUCGAAGGGUGUGUCCGGAGAUGCCACUGCUGUGCGCAAAAUUCAGCAGGACCUGAUUGCUUCUAUGACCCUUGAUGGUGUUGCAGCCUACAAGCUUACUCCAAAUAUCGAGCUUCUGUGUCUUGCAGAUACUAUCUUGAUCAACCCGGUCUUCCAGAAAUUCAUUGAGCUCUCCGCCUGGGCGCGCUUGAGGGUUGCUUUCACAUAUCAGAGACUUCUAAGUGAACCUGCGCCGAGCUUGCAGACUAUAAUUUACGAGGACCUCAAGACCGUGGAGAAGCUCGUGAAGGAAUCCGCAAACGCUCAAGGGGUUCAGGAUCUUCACCCAAGCUUUCUUCUGGAGAGAGCAGCGGUACAUACUCACCAUGGCUUAGACAAGCAAGCCAGAGCCGAUCUAGACGAGGCCACUGCAGAGCGCAAGUUUGAGUUUGCUCUGACUGGCUUGAUGGGAAAGAGGACAAAAUUCCAGCAGAAGGAUACCAGUCAGUUGCUCGUCCUGGCUCGAAGUGCAGGAACAAAAUCAAAGGCAGCUGCUACGGAAGCGUCCGGGCCAAUGGCUUUAGAUCUCAACGAUGACACACUCCACGAGACGAUCCAAUUCACGGAGAAGGUCGCAUCAAUGGACAUCAAAGAUGAAACUAAACUUCCACCCAGCCUUGCGGAGCUAGAACCUGCAAAUCAGCCUCUUCUGCAGCCGCUGGACUCAGUCAUCUUGCUUUCGCUGGCAGAGAGUAUCAAGAACACAAACCCAGCUGAUGGUAUCACAAGAGAACAAACAGUGCCCUACGCUGAACGAGUGUUGGAGGGUGGUAGUUCGAACUGGCAGGUUUACACUCAUGCCCUGCUAGUCCGUAGCCGUAUCGAAGGCUACAAGACCAGGACCAUGGAACGUGGACUCUUGCAACUUCAGGCGCUGGUGGACCAAGUCAUUGCAGAGACGUCUGGCGAAUCAACAUCUGAUGCAGAGACAGGUGAAAAGGUCACUGCUUUCUUGCCCGGUGCAAAAGAAGGGGAGUCAGCGCCAGUGGAAGAUCGUCUGCGCUACUUCUUUGCGCUCUGCUCGCCCUCGCGUUGGGAACUCGAGGCUGAGCUUGCUGCUCGCUGGGUGCAUAUUGGUGGUCUACGCUCUGCGCUUGACAUCUACGAACGUCUGGAGAUGUGGGCUGAAGCAGCGCUUUGCUACGCAGCUACGGACAAGGAAGAUAAGGCGCGAAGGAUGAUACGUCGUCAACUCUUCCACGCUACGAACGGCGACGACCUAACCGCAGAUCCCGACUCAGAGGCAUGGGAAGGCGCACCUCGCGACCCACCACCCGCCGAAGCACCGCGCUUCUACUGCAUUCUUGGAGACCUUGACAGCGACCUUGCCAUGUACGAAAAGGCAUGGGAAGUGUCCGGCAAGCGCUAUGCUCGCGCCCAGCGCUCCCUCGGUCAACGCUACAUCACCCAGCGCAACUACGAGAAAGCUGCAGAAGCAUACCAACUUGCCAUUAAAUGUAAUGCGCUGAAUCACCCUGCCUGGUUUGCGCUCGGGUGCGCAUACCUCGAGUUGCAGCAAUUCAAGAACGCGAUCGAAGCCUUCAGCCGCUGUGUUCAACUUGAUGAGCAAGACGCUGAAGCAUGGUCUAAUCUCGCUGCAUCCCUACUGCACCUACGUCCCAAAGCAAAAACUGCUGAGGAGGAGGCCGUAGAAGGCAAAGUCACGUCUCACCCAAGGACUGAUGCGCUGAAAGCCUUCAAACGCGCUGCAACCAUCAAGCACGACAACUACCGCAUCUGGUCCAACGUACUUGCGGUCGCCGCUUCCACCAGUCCUCCAAGCUACCCAGAUAUCGUUACGGCGCAGCGUCGGAUCUGCGAGCUGCGCGGUGAAACCGAUGGCGAGAAGUGCGUUGAUCCCGAGAUUCUGGACGUGCUGAUCAAGCACCUCGUCCAAACGAAGUCCGACGCAGUUCUCGACCUCAGCGCACCAGGGCUGCCAAGGCUGGUAAACGAGCUAGUCGAGAAGCAAAUCAAACCCCUCAUCACCUUCUCGCCCAAGCUCUGGGCCGUCCUCGCAACCCUUUAUAUGCACUCGGGCAGGCCCACGUCCGCGCUUGAGUGCCACGAGAAAGCCUGGCGCGCGGUCACUAGUCAGCCGAAGUGGGAGGACCAGGACGAAAAGGUCUGGGAUGCCGUCGCGCAACAGACGGUGGAUCUUGUCGAUGCAUACGAGACGCUUGGUCCGCGCGAGAGGACCGAAGGGCUUGCGGCGGGCAGCGGAGAGCUGGUCGCAAAGGACUGGAAGUUCAAGGCGAGGAGCGCUAUUAGGAGUGUGAUGGGCAAGGGCAAGGAGAUGUGGGAGGACAGUAAGGGGUGGGAAAAGUUGGUGGAGAGGAUGGAGGAGCUGAAGGCGAGUGCUUAG